AUGUCGUACUCAGAGGAUGAAGUUUCGAGCCCCGAGAAAGGUCCCACCAACAAGAAAGAAGUGGAAACAAACUGUGAUGGUAGAUAUUUCUUGGGAGACAGACGCCAGAAUCGGUCAUUAUUUGCCUUGUCCUGGAUCGACACUGAUGAGGAAGAUGGAGAUUACAUACCCUCUCGACACCGUGAAGCCGAUCAUGGCCGUCAAUCAGAGGACGCCGGUGUCUUCCAUGCCCAGACACAGCCACUCAUGCAGGUCCAGACACCUGAGUCGCAAGAGACUAACGACGAAGGCACAACAGAAUCCUCCAGUUCUCAGCAGAUCUCAGGAAGCUCAGAUGAAGUUCGUGCGAGCAGUCUUGAAUCGAAUUGGAAACCAGCAACCGAGCGAGAUCCAAAUGAAGCGUACCACCUCCGUCCCCGAAAGUACACGACGCCAUCACCAUCCUCUCACCAAGAGAAGGGUAAUACAGUAGAACGAGACGACGAAGCCACAGAACCCUGUCUCAACUGCCAGGCCUUUGACCUUGUCUGCUCGCUUGUCUAUGAGCCUGAACAAUACCCGUGCGAAGCCUGCCGAGUCGACGAACUUGACUGUAAGCAAAGUUCAUCACCCAAGUGGAAGAGACCGUGCGAAUAUUGUAGGAAACACAAGGAUAUUGUAUGCUCCUAUGUCUCCGCAGAGUACGAUCACCGCCAGAGUUGCUUUGAGUGUCAGCAACACGGUUUCCGGUGCAUUGCGGGUCCGGCGAGACACACUCCAACUGGUAAUCGGUCUUCUGAGUGCAGCGAUGUGGACAUGAAUGAUGAGCACUCCGAUGAAGAGUAUCACAGCAGCCUUCAUCUUCAUUCAUCUUCCACGGUUUCCUCAAGCCAGUUUGAACGCCCAGCGUCGACAGCGAUGAGUGUUCUCGAAGACGGCACGGCAAGUAGUCCCUUACAGGCCGAUGGCACCUGGAUGCAACACAUGCCGGUGAAGGAUUUCGAGAUGGGAACUUCAGGCGAGAGCACUCAGAUGGACGAUACUGGCGUGCCGGAGGAUGCCGAGCUGGAGAACAUUCCGGAUGAGAAUGUUCAUUUGACAAGAACUUCCUCUGUGGAGGAAAACGUACGGGAGGGAGGGACUCAAGUGGUCAGCUAUCAACCUGAGCAGAAUCCUACUUCACUGCCAGCGACGAUUCUUCCCAGCUUCGACUUCUUACCCCCGAACCUUCACGGCGCCCUUCGUCGCAUCCGCACGUUCUACCCUCAUCCGCUUAUCAUUGUCGACGAAACCCAGCGCCAUCUCUGUGAUUGGUGCAACAAUCACGCAUAUGGUAUCGUCGGUCUUGGUGAAAGAUACCCUCAGGUACUCGACUCCCAGACUGGACAACUGGCUGAGAUCGCCGACGGUCACAUUAGCGAGGGGAGAGCACCUAGUCACAUGUGUAGGGUCUGCGUCGUGACCAGGGGCCGCAUCAUGCAGUGCAGCCAUGCCGAGACCCGGAGCCUGAACGUGGCUUGCAACGUCUUUGACGCACACCAGGAGCUCAAUCGAGCAUAUGCUGCUUUACACGAUCCCUACGACCCAGGCUUCGGGCGUCCAGUGCCCCCGCCGUUACACGUCUGGUGCAGUCUCUGUCAGUCGCCUGCCACCAGAUGUUGUGACGUCCUUCAAUUUCCCAUGCUUCUCGACUCGCAGUCACGGUCUUCUCAACCACCUCAACGUGGCUGUGGCCUGAUGCUCUGUGAACAUUGUGCAAACCUGGUUUACAUGAGUCAGGGAAAUCUGGACCUCGCCGUUUACUGGGGACAGUGGGAUCGCCAGCAUGGUGCGCCACUCCGUGCAGACAUAGACUACAUUCUCCGCGACAUCAGCCGGAACUUGCUCCGCCAGAAUCUGCGUCGCUAUGGGUUCUGA